CUGCUCAUCCAGGCUGCGAGUGCCUCCGGCUAAUGGCCCCGCCACCCCGCCUUCUCUCCCUUCCAGCUCACUGCCCAUCGCGGCCACCCUCCCUCGGGGACUCCUGAGCCUCAGAGACAUCCGGCAGCACCCAGAGAGGCUCGGAAAUCACGAGGGCUUCCUCUUCUGGGACCUGCAUGCUCCUGUUCCAUCUCCUGCUGUUACACGGCCAUCGUGUGCUUUCCAUUUAAGGGUGGGGGAAAGAAAACAGGGGACUCAGGGCCAGAGGUCCUGUCCUGGCGUCUAAUCCAGUCUCCUCCACCCUCUGGGGGCGUCCUUCUCCUCCACUAUCCCAUUAGAUGGCUUCUCGGGGCCCUGAGUGGUGCUGAAACCAGUCUGUGGCUCCCAGAGCUCACUUCCCCGCCUCAGGGAUCUGAGGGCAGGGAGCAGGGGGGGCAGGGGCGGCCCCAUGGACCUGCCCCCGCAGCUCUCCUUCGCCCUCUACGUGGCCGCCUUCGCACUGGGCUUCCCCCUCAACUGCCUGGCCAUCGCAGGCGCCGUGUCCCAGGCCCGGCUCCGCCUCACCCCCAGCCUCGUCUACGCCCUCCACCUGGGCUGCUCUGACCUCCUGCUGGCCACCUCUCUGCCGCUAAAGGCGGCGGAGGUCCUGGCAGGGGGAGCCUGGCCCCUGCCGGCCGUGCUCUGUCCCAUCUUGGCCCUGGCCCACUUUGCCCCCCUCUACACAGGUGGGAGCUUCCUGGCUGCCCUGAGUGUCGGCCGCUACCUAGGAGCCGCCUUCCCCUUGGGCUACCAGGCUGCCCGGAGGCCACGCUAUUCCUGGGGGGUGUGUGUGGCCAUAUGGGCCCUUGUCCUCUGUCACCUGGGGCUGGUUUUUGGGUUGGAGGCUCCUGGAGGCUGGCUGGACAAUACUACCAGCUCCCUGGGCAUCAACACGCCAGUCAAUGGCUCUCCAGUCUGCCUGGAGGCCUGGGACCCGGCCUCUGUGGGCCCCGCUCGCCUAAGCCUCUCUCUCCUGUUCUUCUUUCUGCCUCUGAUCAUCACGGCCUUCUGCUAUGUGGGCUGCCUCCGAGCACUGGCCCGCUCAGGCCUGAGCCACAGACGGAAGCUAAGGGCGGCCUGGGUGGCUGGUGGGGCUCUGCUCACGCUGCUGCUCUGCCUAGGACCCUACAAUGCCUCCAAUGUGGCUGGCUUCCUGAACCCCAACCUGGGAGGCUACUGGCGGAAGCUGGGGCUCAUCACAGGUGCUUGGAGCGUGGUGCUCAACCCACUGGUGACCGGCUACCUGGGAGGGGGCACUGGCCGGGGGACAACAUGUGUGGCCAGAACAAAAGGGGGCCCAUCCCAGAAGUAGGAGUCACUGCAGGGGGCAAGCGGCAGGGAGCAGGAGAGCCUGGCUGCUUCUUCAGGCUCCUGGCGGAAGCUGCUCCAAAGGAACUGUGGGCUGGCCUUGCCUGGGGGCAUCCAUGGAGCCACUUAGGGAAAGAACUGAGCCUGGCAGAAGACGGCAUCCCAGAGGGGGAGAAGAAUGGAGGCCUGGAGCUGGGUCACAGGGGAAGGUAAGCUGCCGCAUUUCAUCAAAUCAUCAGCCUGAUUUCCACCUCUACCUGUCUCUCUUCUGAGUCCUGGCAGGCCUGACUGCCAGUGCGCCACAUAGGGAAGGAGGGAGACAGUUUUCUUCUAAGCUGAAGGAACUGCCACUCUGACAGGGCACACUGGGAGAUGUUACUCCAAAAUCAUUCCCUAGGAAAGAGCAUUUACAUUUCUGAAUAAGGGGCAGGAGGCCAGCGAAUGAGAGUUAUACCACUUUACCCCACAAGGGGGCAGCAGUGGAACUGUGAACAGGAACUGUGAAUUGGUAGGAGAGGAUGCUGGGGGUGGGACGCUGGGGCGGGGGGGUGUCCCCGCAGUUGGGGGGAAUACUAGCAACACCAAAAACAGUCGCAAACAAAUAUACGUGACUGUCACCAUGCCUUCAAGUGCUUUACAAGUGGUGUCUCAUUUCAUCUUCCCACAUCCUUCUGAUUUAGCCAUGUGACUGCUGUACAGAUGAGUGGGCUGCUCACUGCACAGGGGUGUCAGGCAGAGGGGCACACAAAGAUUCAAUUCUAGCUUGUGCUUUGCCCACCAAGGCCUGUGCCUGGCAUGGAGCUGCUUCAAUCCAGGGAAAAGAGCACCUUGUUCUAAUCGGAAAAAGACACCACCCCACUCCUCAAGCAGUGCACCUUGGUGCAGGGCUGUGCUCACCUGCAGGGGGUGCCUUUCCCUAACCUGCACUAAGGCACCACAUGCCUUACUUAGUUGCAGUGCUGGAACCAGGUAUUCUUACCACCUUCAUCCUGUGGCGUUAAGAAAUUUGCCCGAGGCCCUACAGCAAGGAAGGGGUAGGUGUAGGAGGUCAUCGGUCAAAGAAGACUCCCAAGGAUUGGGGAACACUUGGGAAACGCGGGGUAUUGGGGUUAAUGCCUGUCCUUGUGGUGCCUUUUGCGAAAGUAAAUGAACCUUCACCUUGAACCUGUGAGAGGGUGGGCAGAGAGUGGCCAAGGCCUGGGCAUCUGCUCUGAGGGGAGGUGUAGGAAGCAGACUUGUUCCUCUAAUGAUGACAGAUAAUGAGGUGAGUACUCAGAAAGAAAAAAAAAAAAAAAAAAGCAGUGGCUACGUGCCUGGUGUGCACAGGUUGGUUUAUGCAAGUUAUCUCUUUUCAUAGGAAAGUGACCCCAAGGGCAAGAAUUUUUGUCGUAUCUGUGGAUCUAUCCCCAGCAACCAGAAGAGAGCUGAGCACACAGUAGGCUUAUAAUAAAUAUUUGUUGAGUGGAUGAAUGCCCAUAACAGCCCUCCAGAGGAAGUUUUAUUACCCUGUUUAUAAACAUGGGAUCAGGCCAGAGAAGUUAAGUUACUUGCCCAAGGCUCCCCCGAAGCGAGAAACAAGUUUCUGCUCAGUGCUGACACCAGAGAAUUUUUGUCAAAGCCUGGACUCCAGCCCAGGUGGCCCCACUGCUGCUCCCGUAGCACUGUAACCAUUCUCCCUCCCACUUGUGGGUUCGGGGCCACCUCUUCCAGUUACUUGUGCCUCCUCCGCUUAGGGAAGAUUUCAGUUCCUCCCUGGGGCCACCAGUGCUCAGCAUGGUCUGCCUCCAGCAUCCUCUGGCGACCCUUGCCCUUUGGGCCCCAAACCUUCCACCAGCACCCCCAGCAGGUCAAGCCUGUGCACCCCCACGCCCUCUGCACUGUUUCCUCCAGGAGUUCUCUGCCUCUGUAUUAUUUAUUAUCCUCCUACCACUCAACCCCCCACCAAAUGUCAGCACCAGGACAGUGAAAACUUUUUUUUUUUUUUACGGCUGCAUCUGUGGCAUAUGGAAGUUUCCAGGCGAGGGGUUGUA